GGUAGCUUGCUUGUUGUGACGGGAGAAGCCGGAGCAGGAAGAGGGUGACUGGAGCGGGGCCUGAGACAACUUCACGGACACAACUUCGCCUCAUCUCCCGGCCAUGCCGCUCUUCGGCUCCAACCCCUUCGAUCAGGAUGUGGAAAAAGCCACAAAUGAAUACAACACCAGUGAAGACUGGGGUCUUAUUAUGGACAUUUGUGAUAAAAUUAGCAAUACUCACAACGGAGCAAAAGAUGGCCUGAAAUCCAUAAUGAAGCGAGUCAAUCAUAAAGUGCCCCAUGUGGCGUUGCAAUCGCUUACUCUAUUGGGGGCCUGCGUGUCAAACUGCGGAAAAGCUUUUCAUUUAGAAAUAUGUUCCAGAGAUUUUGCAAGCGAAGUGCGCGGUGUUAUAAACAAGGCCCACCCAAAGGUCUGUGACAAGCUGAAAGCUUUGAUGGUGGAGUGGUCAGAUGAAUUUCAGAAGGAUCCACAGUUUAGUCUUAUAUCUGCCACCAUAAAAUCCCUGAAGGAAGAAGGUGUCUCUUUUCCGACUUCAGGUUCUCAGAGUGCAUCAAAUACUCCUAAAAAUGGUGCAGUACCUGUAAAAAACAAAGAGGAUGAAGAUAUUGCUAAAGCAAUUGAAUUGUCAUUGCAAGAGCAUAAGCCGACAGAGACGAAAUCUCUGUAUCCAUCUGUGGAAUCCCAGCCUGACAGUCAGAAGAUGCCAAGAAAGGUCCGGGCGCUGUAUGAUUUUGAAGCUGUUGAAGACAAUGAAUUGACAUUUAAAAGUGGAGAAGUCAUCAUUGUUUUGGAUGAUAGUGACACUAACUGGUGGAAAGGUGAAAAUCACAGAGGCAUAGGACUUUUCCCAUCAAAUUUUGUGUCUUCAAUUUUAAAUGUUGAACCUGAAGCAGCAGUUGUUGAAAAAAGUGCUGUCUUUGAAGAAAUCCCAGAACCCACCACAACAGCUGAACCUGAACCAGUAUUCAUUGAUGAAGAGAAAAUGAAUCACGCAUUGCAGUUACUCCAGAGCAUUGAUCCCACCGACCCCAAGCCUGAUUCUGCUGAUCUACUGGAUUUAGAGGACGUCUGCCAGCAAAUGGGUCCAAUGAUCGAUGACAGAUUAGAAGAAAUUGACAGGAAGCAUUCUGAACUCUCAGAGCUAAAUGUGAAGGUUCUUGAAGCAUUAGAGUUAUACAAUAAACUAGUGAAUGAAGCUCCAAUGUAUUCAGUAUACAGUAAGCCACCUCCACAAACUCAUUAUAACCCACCAUCCCUUGGAGUUUCCAUGCAGGGCUAUCAUGGACAACCACAGGGUGGCAACUAUAUGGUCCAGGGCAUGCACCAGAUUCAGCCACCAUCACAUUCCCAAGGAUACAUGAACACUGAUCAGAUUGGUCCACUGCGAUCUCUGCCACCAAAUAUGAACUCCACUGUAAAUACACAAACUGCUCAAACAUCAUACAUGAGCACUGGACAUGACGGCGUGGCAAAUCCUCCAUAUUUAAACCAGAACUCAGGACAUCAGUCAAACGCGGGAGCAUACGGCCAACCAAUUGGAAUGUCAGCAGACAUGCCUGCUUAUCAGAACACUACAGCUUCCAUGCCACAUGUGUCUGGCUAUUCAGUAGCAGGCCCCCUGCAUUCUAUUUCCCAACAACCCCCAAAUUACUACCAGCAACCUCUGCUUUGAAACAAAAUUUCAUAGACCUAUGUGAAGCAAUCCUCAAGUUGCUCUCAUAUCACCAGAUUAUUGGUAAUUAGAUACAAUAGGAGCAUUUCCUAUAAAAUCGGACCACACACACACACAAAUCUAAGAUUCCAACAAUACAACUGAUGCGAGUUUCCCCUUCAUUUUUUGUGUAUCGUUAUGUGUUUUUUUUUCUUCUUCUUCUGGUUUCAAGCUGUUUUCUUUACAAAUAGCUUGAUAGGUUAUCACCUCCAGCUGCAAAGGCUUGUAAGGUAAUUAACGGAACCUGGUUUGGGCCGACUGGCUGCUUCAUGUCAAAUGCCUAAAUAUAGAAAAGCUGUUAAGUCUUAUUUUAUGCAGGUGAAAUGAAGCCAUUCUACUUUUGCAUUGAUCUCUCCACGUACGUCAUGCAGUCUUUGUAAUUAUGCUAAUUUAAGCUUAGCUAUUUCGAUUUUUUUUUUUCUUUUACCCGUGAGGCUUAUUGUACAGAGUUGACAUUUUAAAAACACAUCAAGUGCAUUAGACUAUUAACUUAGUUUCAGUGUUAAAGUGAAAC